GGAAGUCCUCGCUUAUGCUCUCCUUACAGUUCCGGUGACGCUCCCGGAGUUUGUUUACGUUCCUCGCAGACCCAGCGGCGGGCUUCUCCCUCUCGGACUCCAAGAUGGGGAAGUCGUUCGCUAAUUUCAUGUGCAAAAAGGACUUCCAUCCUGCGUCCAAAUCCAACAUCAAGAAGGUAUGGAUGGCAGAACAGAAAAUAUCAUAUGAUAAAAAGAAACAAGAAGAACUAAUGCAACAGUACCUUAAAGAACAAGAGUCGUAUGAUAACAGAUUGCUUAUGGGAGAUGAGCGUGUAAAGAACGGCCUGAAUUUCAUGUAUGAGGCCCCACCAGGAGUUAAAAAAGAAAACAAAGAGAAAGAAGAAACAGAAGGAGAGACGGAAUACAAGUUUGAAUGGCAGAAAGGUGCUCCAAGAGAAAAAUAUGCCAAAGAUGACAUGAACAUCAGAGACCAGCCCUUUGGUAUUCAGGUUCGAAAUGUAAGGUGUAUUAAAUGUCACAAGUGGGGUCAUGUGAACACAGAUCGAGAAUGUCCUUUGUUUGGUCUUUCUGGAAUCAAUGCAAGUUCAGUUCCUACUGAUGGCUCAGGGCCGUCGAUGCACCCCUCGGAGCUAAUAGCGGAGAUGAGAAACAGUGGGUUUGCACUGAAACGAAAUGUACUGGGGAGAAACUUGACCGCAAAUGAUCCAUCACAGGACUAUGUUGCAAGUGAUGGUGAAGAAGACCCUGAAGUUGAAUUCUUGAAGUCCCUGACAACCAAACAGAAGCAGAAGCUUCUCAGGAAAUUGGAUAGACUUGAAAAGAAAAAAAAGAAAAAGAAAAGUGAUAAGAAAAAGAAAAAAUUACAGAAGAGCAGAAGUAAACACAAAAAACGUAAAAACAAAUCUCCUUCCUCCUCCUCCUCUUCCUCCUCCUCUUCCUCCUCUUCCUCCUCCUCUUCUGACACUUCAGAAAGCAGCAGUGAAAGUGACAACAAAGAAAAGAAAAGAGAGAAGGAGAAGAGGAAGAAAAAGAAGAAAACCAAAUGUUCAGGAAGUAAAACAAAUGACUCUGAAGAGGAUAAGUCUAAGAACAAACUUCAUGAAGAAUUUUCUAGUAGUCACAGUGACAGGGGAAAAGCCAACGAAACAUUAAGGCUUCCAAAACAAGAGAGUUCUGGGGAGAAUAGCACCCGGGUCCAUUUUGGUUCUGACCGAAAGUCCAGAAACCAUCGUCAUAGUCCAGAGAUGAAAGGGUCUGACAGAAAUGGGGGAAUCCGAAGUCAUAGCAGGGCUGAGAGCAGCAGGAGAAGCAGAAGCAGGAGUCCUGGUAGUCACAGGCAAAGGGAGAUGAGGGACUGGCCUCAGUUGAGCCCUACUGAAGAGCGCACCAGAAGAAAAGACAACAGAAACCAUGGCAAUGGUGAACACAGAAGAGAGAGGGCGCGGUGAGCACCCAGGAGAUCAAGGGCAUGAGUGGCAGAGGGACAGCUCCUGGGAAUAAAGGACUCCAUUUUCUCACUGCAUAGCUUUAGCAAGGGCUGACCUGCACAUUAUUAUCUAAUAAAAAAAAAAAAAACUCUUAAUUUUCCAUCCCUAUAAACUGUCAUUUCAAGUAUUAGUACCACUGGUUGAGCUCACAGGUAUUUAUUUGUAGGGACUCUAUUUAGGGAAUAGAAAGUUUUGUUUCUGUUGGUAGCUUAUGCCUUGCACCAGAUUUAAAAUAUGUAAGUCAUUGUUAUUUUGUUGUUGCUUUGAAAUACCAUUAAAACAGUGACAACCUUGAGUAUUAUCAA